UUUUAUCUUUUAAUUUACUCGCUUGUCUAAAUACGGUUUUUAUUUUUUGGUUGUUACUUGAGUUCAAACACGAAGCUGAAGUUGGUUUCCGGUUCGGGAAAUGUCUAAAGGGCGAUUCCAGCUAAUUUUUCACUACCUUCAAGAUAUUUAAUCAAUUCUAGUUUAAAAAAACUACCAAACAUUGACACUUCAACCCUGGACUAGAUUAUUUUUCAACUAAUAGCAGAAUAUUUAAAACCAUGUUUGUGAUUUGUGAAACUUUCAAUUUCAUCCCUUUUUUGUGUGUGGAUCACAUUAGAACUACUCUAAUUCCAAAGCCACAACACCUAGACUCUUCAAACCUGGACUGGAUUAUUCUGCUCUAAUAGCAGAAUAUAUAAAACGAUGUAUGGAAUUUGUGAAACUUCCCUAAAGUUCAGAUUACUAUUCACACCCGUUCCAUGCACUUUUUUUUUUCAAAUUUAAAUUAAAUUCUAAUUCAAAACCACUUUAUUAAUCCCAAAGGGAAACUAAAUAUUGAUGUAACUCAUUAAUUCUUCAAAAAGUUAUUGUAGAUGGUGAUGGCUGUUGGAAGGGAAGCUCUUCUGUAGCGGUCUGUGUUGCACUGAAUCUGAAAAUGCCUCUGACUGAAGACACUCUGCCUUCCCAAGAUGGUCUCGUGAUAGUGGGUUUGCUGAAGCAGGUGUAUGAUGGCAUCAUCAACUCCAACUCCACUGCAAGAAGCAAACUGCAGAGGGUCUUGAUAUCCUUGUCUGCUUAUUCAGAUCUUAAAGCGUCAGCUGGGAACAGAACCCUCCUUGGCGUAGCGAUGUCUCAGCAGCAGCAGCAGAAGAAGAAGAAGAAGAAGACAGGCAUUCCUGAUCGGUGGCUGGACUACCGUCCCGUCGGAUCGAGGAUACCAGGAACCAGGUUCAUUCCUUUCAAGGUUCCUUUAAAAGCCGCCCUGAACUGCCAACUUCCCGCCUCCCAGUCCUUUGAUCUAUGGGACCUGCUGGACUCGGUGCGACGGCAGAACCAGGAGCUCGGUCUGAUCAUCGACCUUACCUUUACGACCAGGUACUACUCAGUGUCAGACAUCCCGCAGUGCUGCGCCUACAUCAAGAUCCCCACCGAGGGUCACCGCGUUCCAAACGACGGAGCCAUCCUGAGCUUCAAGCGCGCGGUGAGGCACUUCCUGAGUCAGAACCAGGACAACAGCAGGCUAAUCGGAGUCCACUGCACCCACGGGCUGAACCGCACCGGCUACCUGAUCUGCAGGUACCUGAUCGAUGUGGAUGGGUUGGAUGCCGCCGCGGCUCUGCAGCUCUUCAACUCCAGCAGAGGUCACCACAUCGAGAGGAAGAACUACAUCCAAGACCUCCAGCGCGCCACCAAGAGGAGCAACAGAGGCAUCGAUGAGCCGGAGAGAAACCCGAUCAUGGGGCUCGCCGGGGGGAAAAAACCUGCGAAGCUCAUAAAGCACAAGGAGAAGGUGGAGAGCAACACCACGGCACAGCAUGUCAAAGCUUCUGGUGAUGAGUCAGUAGAAAAUCAGCAGCCCAAAGACAAACAGCAGAGUCAGAAACAAACCAAACACAGAGCCCGACGUCGCUACAAGACCAGGGACAAGAAGUCUGCUCAUGGGUCAGCGCAGGGUCACGACCCCGCCUCCUGAACCGAGGCGCCACAGCCGAGGUCACGCUAAUCAGCUUAGACUGAAACAAACUUUAGCUUCUUUUACAGUUUCUGAGCAAUUGUUUGUUUCCUGCAUCAGAAACACAAAAAUUAAUUUAAAAGCUAAUAAGCGAUUCCCGCAGAUAAAACCGAACAUAACUCUCUGAUUCUGGAGCGUUUAGAUCGGAUGAUUACCGUAUUUUCCAGACUACAGAGCGCACCUCACUGUAAGCCGCAUCUACAAAGCUUUUUAAAAAAACUGGAAAAGUACAAAUAUAAGCCGCUGGUAUCUCCGCCGCUGUCGGUUCUUCACAAGGAAGCAGCAGAGGGAGCGUCCUGAAUAAACCUGCUAUUAAGGACGCAUCCCUCCGUCUCCAACACCGAACCAUGGAUCCGUUCACGCCGAGUUUACGUGCAGCGGCUCUAUGUACUGCCAGAUCGACGGCCUUCAACUUAAAGCUGCAUCAUAUGAGCUUCUACGUGUUUCCAUGAUGAGGGGGUUUGAGUUUGACAACAUUUCUCUGUCCUGCCUGCUGCUAGCAUGUGCUUGUUCUAAAUGAAAAUUAGCGCUUUCCAAUUUUGACUUCAAAUGAUUCCUGCUAA